AUGGAAAUUUGGGCAGUCAUAUACACGCCAAAUCUUUUCAAUGAUGAUGUAGGUACCUUAAUCGGACGGCUUCUGGUCAGAGUGUUGCUCAAAGGAAAGGGCAUAUCCGUUGACGAAAUGAAGUUUGCGACUACGCCGGAAGGGAAACCAUAUAUUAAAUCUCAAACCAAUCCGCCCCUGGCAUAUAAUAUCACGCAUGACAAUAACCUAGUCGCAAUGGCGUUUGCACCGGGGAUAAUCAAUCAGCCUGCAUAUAACGUUGGAAUAGACGUCAUGAAGGUUAGAAUUCCAGGAAGAGAAACAUUUGAUUCGUUUGUGCACACAGUCGGCGAUCAGUUAACCACUCUUGAGCAUGUUCAAUUGAAGGCCGUAAUACCAGAGACGGAGAAAUUAAAACGUUUUUUUUGGAUGUGGACUUUGAAGGAGGCCUAUACUAAAGCUCUGGGAAUUGGCCUUGGUUUUGAUUUUCGGCGAAUAGAAUUCGAUGUUGUUGCAAGAAGGAUCUGUGUUGAUGGCAAAGAACCAGAAGGAUGGCAAUUCAACAUGUUCAAUGUCCAAGAUGGGGAAGAUUUAUACCAAUGCGUAGUUGCGGAGUACGUUGGAGACACGAAGACGGAAGUCACGUACAAUGUUCACAAUCCAGAAUGGUUCAAGGUUUACGGUGCUGUUCAAUUCACCGAGAUGGCUGUUGGUCUGUUAAAAACCUAG